AUGUGGAACGCAGGAGCUGGUCAUCUGAUAAGUCCUGCAUCAGAUCAUCCAGUUCGUGUUGGAACCGUCUCCUUAAUUCGGAAGUCGAAACCAGCGCACUCAGGUGUUUGUCCUGAUGCGCCUGAGGCCCUGCGCUACGCUGAAGACCUCGGUAUCGUUGAGGAUGGCGAGUGCACGUUGCGCAGGCGCGAGCAGCGGAUUUACGCCAGGAUACGUGGUCCGCCAGGCGGUAACGCAAAAACUUGUGAGAUGCUCUACACAGCGAAGCUGGCGAAGCAGAUCGCGAAAUUUGUCGCCAAGUAG